UCUAUAAUGUGGAUCGGUGGGCCUUCACGGCAUAUACUAAUUUUUUACGAAGGUGUCGUUUGGCUCUUCGUGACUGAAUGAAUACAUUUCAAUACUGUUUAGAUAUACAAUUCUGACUAAAAUGUCAGCUCCAUGUAGUGAUAUCAUCAAUGAUAUCGAGGAUUUAAUUUCAUCCCAAGACAUAACUCCAAAAGAGAGGUACAGUACUAGAAAGAAAAUCACAUUACGUGCUAAACAUAAAAAAAUCGAUCGUGAAGCUGUAGAGACUCUUACCCCAUCGAGUACUAUCCCUGGAACUCAAAUCAUUUAUGUGAAAACCUGGGGCUGUACGCAUAACAAUUCUGACAGUGAGUACAUGGCUGGUCAGCUAUCGGCAUAUGGUUAUAACUUAACGGAAGAUAAGUGGAAAGCGGAUUUAUGGCUUUUAAACUCUUGUACUGUGAAGAAUCCUGCGGAAGAUCAUUUUAGAAAUGAAAUCAAGUCUGGGAGAAAAGCUGGGAAAUAUAUUGUAGUCGCAGGAUGCGUACCACAGGGUGCUCCGAAGUCUGAUUUCCUAAAUGAUUUAAGUACAGUAGGAGUUCAACAAAUUGAUCGCGUUGUAGAAGUCGUAGAAGAAACAUUGAAGGGAAAUGUGGUUAAAUUUUUGGGGCAAAAGAAACAAUUUGGUAAAAAAAUAGGUGGUGCUUCAUUAGCGCUGCCAAAAGUUCGCCGCAACCUUUUAAUUGAAAUCAUAGCUAUAAAUACUGGAUGUUUAAACCAGUGUACAUACUGUAAAACAAAGCAUGCCAGAGGCGAAUUGGGAAGUUAUCCUCCGGAUGAAAUCAUAGAGCGUGCAAAGCAAGCCUUUCAGGAAGGAGUGUGCGAACUCUGGCUUACCUCGGAAGAUACCGGAACCUACGGGAGAGAUAUUGGAACUAGUUUACCAGAACUGUUAUGGAGACUCGUAGAAGUUAUUCCUAAAAAUUGUAUGAUGCGCAUCGGGAUGACAAAUCCUCCGUACAUUCUCGAGCACUUAGAGGAAAUGAGUAAAAUAUUGAAUCAUCCAAGGGUAUACAGUUUCCUACACGUGCCGGUCCAAUCUGGGAGUGAUCAAGUACUGUCCGAUAUGAAGAGAGAGUAUACAUGUGAGGACUUCCAGAAAGUAGUAGACUUUCUUAAGGAAAGGGUACAAGGCAUUACUAUAGCUACCGAUAUUAUUUGCGGAUUCCCUACAGAGACGGAUGAAAAUUUUGAGGAAACAAUGACUCUGUGUAAACGGUACAAGUUUCCAAGUUUGUUCAUAAAUCAGUUUUUUCCCCGUCCUGGAACACCGGCAGCUAGAAUGACAAAAGUGCCGACACAAGAGGUCAAGAUGAGAACGAAAAGACUGUCAGAGUUUUUUCAAUCGUACGAGCCAUAUGGGCAUCGCGUUGGUGAAGUGCAACAGGUACUGGUUACCGAAAUCUCUCAUGACAAGAAACAUUACGUCGCUCAUAACAAAUUUUAUGAACAAGUAUUAGUGCCAAUGAAGGAGGAGUUCAUGGGCAAAAUGAUAACUGUAAAGAUCGUCGGUGCUAGCAAACAUUCAAUGAAGGGCGAGCCAUUAGAUGAAACAAUAUAUCCUCCAUUAUCGGCAUUUCCACUUAAAGGUUAUGUCUCUACCGUACCUGUCGAGAUGAAGCCAUCGAAAUACAGAGUCGCAGCAGUACUCACGAUAUUUUUCGCAGUAAUAGCUAGGAUAUUAUGGAAGUUCCUCGCGGUUUAAGAAUAGGCAAGUUCCUAAUUUUGUACAAACGUGUACAUAGUAAAAAUAAAAUCAUUCUCCCAAUGUAACGUCCAAAUUGAUAAAUAACCUGACGUUAUUUAUCAAUUUCAUCGACUAUAGAAAGAAGGUGAUAAUUAUUAGAACCAGCUCGAGUAAUAUUUCUUGGAAAAAUUUUCAUAUUCAAUCUGAUAAUACAGGAACGCGCCCUAACAGGGCUUACAACGUUUGAUUAGGACAAUAAGGAUAUACACCGACGUUCUCCGGAAUAACGGGAGGAAACUUCCUCCAUCUCCGGAUUCGUGGGUGUUCUAUUCUUAACGUGCACAGCCGAACUUGGGCAGGCGCAAUGAGCAUAAGAAUACGUACAUCCACCUUACACUAGGCGUUAAGAGUAAUUAAGUCCGGCGAGAAACAGUGGGAAUUUUAACUUAUUGCAUUAACGAUGCAUUUUUGGUAUCACCUUUUCAAUACUAAGAAUUUAAAAAUACAACCUUAGCCUAGAAACGCAUCGGGUUCCUGUCGAAGUGUCCUGAGUAUUUAAAAGUCUGAGGUGAGAAAGUGAAUUGAACGGAUGGGAUGCCUCGAGUAGGAUGGAGUUGCGAGAAAAACCGAUAUGGAACGAAAACGUGGAGAGUCGGAAACGCAUUCGUAGCAAUUUCCGGGCCGAGAAUCGACGAGGUGAAAACAUCCGCAUUUUCACGCAAUCCGCUGCGGUGAUUCCCCUCGAGUGAUCGAAUUACGCAACGCAUAGGUCGAGAAUUUUUCUCUUUUUCUUUUUUUUUUUAAUACAUUCACCUCCGGCCCACACAUCGGAAUAAAAGAUUCGGAAGAACAUCGAAGUACGUCAAGCUGUUAAAAAGUCGAGCUUUAAUAAUUUAAUUUGGUUAAAACAUUCUCCGAGGCCGUUAAAAUUUUUCUCUUGAAAUUGUAUCCGCACUUUAGCACCGCGAUCACUCGGACGGAAUCGCCGCUGGAAAGUUAAAUUAGAUUAAAUCCUAGGAUUAAAGUUAACGCGCGGUCCCUUGGAUAAGAAGACCGAUAUCGAUGCAGGGCAUCUCGAGUAAUGACUUGCAAUCAUUGGCACAGCGAAGAAUGUAAACUUAUAUACCUGGUUUCGAACGAUCUUAACGUGCCCACGCGCCCGUUCACGCAUACAUUUACCUAAUUAUCUCUAUUCCGUAUGAUAAAAUUCUAUACACCUAACUAGCUGGUCUUAAUUAACAAGUAAAACUAUCUUACAAGGCACUUGGUUUCUCUUCUCUCGGCAUUCUAAGACGAGGGAGAAUGAACCACAUUGGGCACUUCGAUUCGGCAUACUUCGCGAUUGCGAUUACACGGCGCCGUACAAAUCUCACGGGUAAUUUACAUAGGACAGCUGAUAAAUUUCGAAUGACCCCGUUGCCGCGAAAUUGACCAGAAGAAAAAGUAAGGUAUAAUAAAACGAUUCGCGGGUUCGGUUUCCAAAUUUACCAGACGACGCAACGCGAAGACACCUGCACGUUUCUCGUCCUUCGUGGGCUACCUCAAGAAGUACAACUAGAUAUGUAUAUAUCGCUAGUUUCACGGGAUAGGAUUUAAGUAAGAAGGAAAAUGCGGCCUAGUGUUGCGGGAAACGCUCAUAAAACGCGUGGGUGAAGAUUUUCACGACGUCCACAAAUAAAGGUGACAAUGGC